UUCCUCUGAAGAGUAUAAGAAAACCUCUUCAAAGUUUUCCCUUUCGUGUUCCCAGUUGCGAAAUUGAUAGCAAACGCUAACAAUGAUUGCAAAGAUUGCCAUCUUUUGCGCUGCACUUGCAGCUGCCAACGCCGCCGCUAUUCUGUCUGCUCCCAUCAUCAGUACUGGGGUCAGUACCAGCUCAAGGCAACAAGAUGCACUAGGAAAUUAUGCUUUUGGUUAUGAUAUUGCCAACGGUCUCGGAGCUACUAAUUCCCGAGAUGAAAUGGGAGACGCCCUCGGAAACAAGAAAGGAGCCUACACCAUCACUGAUAUCGAUGGCCGAGCUCGCAGAGUGGAUUACGUCGCUGACGCCCUGGGCUUCAGAGCUUCUGUCAAGACCAACGAACCCGGUACCGCCCUCAGUGCCCCUGCUGCCGCCAUGAUAGCAAGCCCCUACGCUGCACCAGUUGCUCCCGCCGCUCCAGCUGUUGCUGCUGCUCCUUUGAUUGCAGCUGCUGCCCCCCUUGCUGCCUACAGCACCGUCAUCGGACACAAUGCUGCCAUUGGCAUUCCGGCUGGACUUGGUCUUUGGGGAAGCGGGCUCAGUAAAUCUAUCCUGUUAUAAGUGUAAAUUAAUUUUAACAAGCUGAAUUAUGAAUUUUAGAAAUUAUUAAUUUUAGAAGCAAAUAUAAGGCUGACGGUUCUCUGUAAGAAUUAAUUAACUGCAAUUUUCUUGUUAGCAUUCAACAAGCGUUUGAUCUAUCAACAUGAAAAUGUGCUCUUAUACCUAAAAAAUUUCUAACAUGAUUUCAUGCUCAAGGUACCCUAUCAAAUUCGGAAAAUUAUUAAUAGUCAGAAUAAAAUAUUUCGACUUGAAAAUUCUGGCAAACUAAAGAAACUGGUGGAAGUAUGUACAAAACUGAUAAUAACUUGUGCCAAAUAUUAGCUUACUGCUAGUUUUUCGUAGGGUACGGCUAGAUUCAAAGAUCUGCUGAAUAAUAACCAGGAAAUAUAUGUCAGCUUUAUGAAGUUUUCAUCUCUUGUUAAAGCUAUUAAAAUGCCAAAUUAUUUAAACUAAGAAAAUGCACUUUGUAUAUUCAUUCAGGCUCUACUAAGUGUAAUUUUGUAGUUUAAGCAAUUAAGUUUAAGGCAUUCUUCUGAAUUUGGGAUGAUUUGCAAUGCAAAAUUUACUGCACUGGUUUUUAUUGUUGCUGAAGUCUUUAGCUAUGUGUUGGUAUCUAUGUGCAAAUGUUCAUUUCUUUUAUUUCUCAUUCCUGGAUUCUUGUUUUAAUAAAUAUUUC